CACCCCCUGUGCUUCAAAAGCACGCCGCAACGUUCGCAGCUUGUCGAUCUAUGGCCGUUGUUCUUUUGUUCUGGGUCCAUCGGUUAUCAUCCUCCGGAACUAUCCGGAACGCAUGUUUACCGUCAGAUUUUGGUACUUCUGGUGCAGUGUCUGAAAUGUUGCUAUCGGUGGGAUUUCAAUAAAAAAAAUAUUUUUUAUGGUGAUUUUUGACUUCAUAGAGAAAGUAUAACGCAACUCCUGUGUCUUUAUCGGCACGGUUUAUUAACACGCGAGUUUUGCAAUUCCAAUUUACGCAUUAAUUUAACGAUACCGGACUACGGUAUAAACAAUAAUUUGGCCGGCUGUGGAAAAAACAUUUUUUUUGCAACCAUGGCUAGCGUUUCGUAUCAAAUAGCACAUUUGCUCGAAAAGAUGACAUCCAGUGACAAGGAUUUCAGAUUUAUGGCAACAAAUGAUCUCAUGACGGAAUUACAAAAAGAUAGCAUAAAACUGGAUGAUGAUUCAGAACGAAAGGUUGUCAAAAUGCUUCUCAAACUAUUGGAAGAUAAAAAUGGAGAAGUACAAAAUCUUGCUGUAAAAUGUUUGGGCCCUUUAGUUAACAAAGUCAAGGAAUAUCAGGUGGAAACAAUAGUAGAUGCUCUCUGUGGUAAUAUGGUUUCCGACAAAGAACAACUUAGGGAUAUAUCUAGCAUCGGUUUAAAGACUGUUAUUUCUGAACUGCCAUUGGGAUCCAGCGCACUCGCAGCUAAUGUUUGCAAAAGAAUUACAGGACGCCUUAGUAGCGCUAUUGAAAAACAAGAAGAUGUUUCCGUGCAACUCGAAGCCCUUGAUAUUCUUGCAGAUCUACUUUCACGUUUUGGAGCUCUCUUGAUAACUUUCCAUCCCACAAUUCUAGCAGCUCUACUGCCACAACUAUCUUCUCCACGUCAGGCAGUGAGGAAGCGUACCAUUGUAGCUCUCAGUCACCUUGUCACUUCAAGCAAUAAUCAUUUAUACAACAAACUUCUUGAUCAUCUUUUGGAUGGAUUGACGACUCAAAAGAUUAAAAAUGUCAUCCGAACUUACAUACAGUGUAUUGCUUCAAUCUGCCGUCAAGCAGGUCACAGAUUUGGGGAACAAAUAGAAAGGGUGAUACCUUUUAUUGUACAGUAUAGUAACGAAGAUGACGAUGAAUUGAGAGAAUACUGUCUUCAGGCAUUUGAAGCAUUUGUAUAUCGUUGUCCAAAGGAAAUUACACCACAUAUCAAUAAGAUCAUUGAAAUAUGUUUGGCUUAUAUAACUUAUGACCCAAACUACAAUUAUGACGACGAUGUAAUUGAUCAGUCCGAUGAGUGGGUUGUUAUGGAAACCGAAGAGGAUGGUGAGGAAGAUGCCGAAGAUGAGUACUCAGAUGAUGACGAUAUGAGUUGGAAAGUACGUAGAGCCGCGGCAAAGUGUCUCGAGGCAGUUGUUUCUAGUAGAAGGGAAUUGCUUCCAGAAUUAUACAAAGUCGUUUCGCCAGCGCUUGUGGCUCGAUUCAAAGAACGUGAGGAAAACGUAAAAUCAGACAUUUUCCACGCCUACAUUGCACUUUUGAGACAGACGAGACCAGCUACCGGUGUACCGCUUGAUCCCGAUUCCAUGGAAGAAGAAGAAGGACCAAUUUCACUACUGCAGCAACAAGUGCCAAUAAUAGUUAAAGCUGUUCAUCGUCAAAUGAAAGAGAAGAGCAUCAAAACAAGGCAGGAUUGCUUCUCCCUGCUCAAGGAACUUGUGCUAGUUUUACCCGGCGCUCUUACUAAUCACAUACCUGCACUUAUCCCUGGGAUCCAAUAUUCACUUGGUGACAAAAACUCGUCAUCUAAUAUGAAAAUUGACACAUUGGCAUUUGUUCAUACUUUGCUGGUCACUCAUCAUGCCGAAGUUUUCCACGCUCAUAUGUCUGUUCUUGCACCACCAGUAAUAGCAGCUGUUAGUGAUUCAUUUUACAAAAUAACAGCAGAGGCCCUUCUAGUUUUACAACAACUAGUACAGGUCAUCAGACCUCAUGGUAAAUCAUGCAAUCCCGAGUUCGCGUCGAUUUCUACUGAAUUGUAUCGUUCGACAUUGGUGAGACUUAGAACCGCUGACAUAGACCAAGAGGUGAAAGAGCGCGCCAUUGCAUGUAUGGGUCAGAUUCUCGCACAUUUGGGUGAUUCUCUUCACGAAGAAUUACCUGUAUGCCUGCCCAUUUUCCUAGAUAGAUUGCGUAAUGAGAUUACACGUCUCACAACAGUCAAAGCACUUACAUGUGUCGCUGCAUCACCACUGAGGGUCGAUCUGAAGCCUAUCAUUGAAGAAGCUAUCCCGAUUCUUGGCUCUUUUUUGCGAAAGAACCAGCGAGCAUUGAAAUUAUGCUCUCUGUCAUUACUCGAUACAUUAGUGCGUAAUUAUAGUUCGGCACUUCACACUGAUCUCUUAGAUAAGGUUACGGCAGAACUGCCACCAUUGUUGAAUGAAGCUGACCUUCACAUUGCUCAGCUAACUCUUACACUGCUUACUUCUAUCGCGAAGUUGCAUCCCGUCGCUCUCACCAGAGUUUCAGAUAACAUCCUACCUGAGAUACUUGGAUUGGUAAAAUCCCCUCUUCUGCAAGGUGCUGCGUUGAACUCUAUGCUGGAAUUCUUCCAAGCUCUAGUACAAGCCCAAAUUCCUGGCUUGGGUUACAGAGAACUUUUGUCAAUGCUGAUAGCACCUGUUAGUCAGCCACAGACUUCGGUAUUGCAUAAACAAGCCUAUCACUCAUUGGCAAAGUGUGCAGCAGCUUUGACGAUCACGUGGCAUGAAGAAGCACAAGGAGUUGUUGAACAGUUUUUGAAGGAUGUCCAGAACCCACAUAGUGAUGCACAGCAUAUUUUUGCAUUGCUGGUCAUCGGGGAAAUAGGCAGACACGUGGACUUGAGUGGAAUUAAAACUCUGAAACAUGUUAUUCUGAAUUCAUUCUCUUCUCAUUCUGAAGAAGUGAAAUCUGCUGCUAGCUAUACUUUGGGUAACAUAGCAAUUGGAAACCUUCCACAGUAUCUUCCAUUCAUCCUAAAAGAGAUUGAAGCUCAACCUAAGCGACAGUACCUGCUCCUACACUCACUCAAAGAGAUUAUCACAAGUCAAUCGGCUAGCCCAUCCGGAGUAUCUCAUCUUCAAAACUUUGUCCCGUCGAUCUGGAUGCUGCUCUACAGGCACUGCGAGUGUACAGAAGAAGGAACUCGUAACGUAGUUGCCGAGUGUCUCGGAAAAUUAACCCUCAUUGAUCCUGCUACUUUAUUACCAAGGCUACAAGAAUCUUUGAAAUCUUCAUCUGCAUUAAUGAGAACUACUACCGUUACUGCUGUCAAAUUCACGAUUUCUGAUCAGCCUCAACAAAUCGACCAAAUGUUGAAGCAGUGCAUGGGUCACUUCCUGGUUGCAUUAGAGGACCCCGAUUUAAAUGUUAGAAGGGUAGCCCUUGUGGCAUUCAAUUCCGCAGCUCACAAUAAACCCAGUUUGAUACGUGAUCUUCUCGAAAUGGUGCUGCCUCAACUCUAUACCGAAACAAAAAUCAAAAAAGAGUUAAUAAGACAAGUUGAAAUGGGGCCGUUCAAGCACACAGUGGAUGAUGGCUUGGAUUUGAGGAAAGCUGCCUUUGAGUGCAUGUAUACUCUUCUAGAUUCCUGCCUGGACCGACUAGAUGUUUUCGAAUUUUUGAAUCACGUUGAAAACGGUUUGCGAGAUCAUUAUGAUAUUAAGAUGCUCACUUACCUAAUGACAGCACGAUUAGCCCAACUUUGCCCCACUGCGGUUUUACAAAGGCUGGAAAGAUUAGUCGAACCAUUGAAGAGCACUUGUACCAUGAAAGUGAAAGCUAAUUCUGUAAAGCAAGAAUACGAGAAACAAGAUGAAUUGAAGCGGUCUGCGCUAAGAGCAGUUGCUGCAUUAUACACCAUACCUGAUGCCGAUAAGAAUCCGUCAUUAAGCGAGUUCGUCACGCAGAUUAAAGCAACGGCUGAAUUGCAACCCCUAUUUGAAGUGAUACAAAAGGACUGUACAGGAAGUAACAUAAAUGAAACUAACAUCAUGGAUCAAAGCUAAAGAUUAUCGAUUGAAUUUUUGUAACUUAUAAAUACCGUUGGUUAAGUACUUGUGGUAACAUUAUUCAUAGUUUAUUUCUAUACGCUAUAUUUUCAUUCAUUUCGAGUUUAUCAUAGCUUCGAAGACACGUGAUUUCCUGUAGUGCGUCAUGUAUAAACUUGAAAAUAAAUUCACCUUACAGUAUAA